AUGAAUAUUGCAGAUAUUAACGAGUGCUCCAGCCUGCCGUGUCAAAACAAUGGGACAUGUAACGACUUGGUCAACUCGUUCUCGUGCAACUGUGCCCCAGGCUUUACCGGCCCAACCUGUGCAGCAGACAUUAACGAGUGUUUGACGAAACAGUGCCAGAAUGGAGCCACUUGUGUGGACCUUGUGAAUGCCUACGUUUGUCAGUGCGUGGCUGGGUACACGGGAAUCAACUGUGAGACGGACAUCAAUGAAUGUUCUCCCAAUCCGUGUCAGAACGGAGCCACGUGCGCGCAUAGUAUCAACAACUACACGUGCACGUGUGUAGCGGGCUACACUGGGAGAAACUGUCAAACAGACAUCGAUGAGUGUUCACCCAGCCCAUGUCUCAAUGGCGGCCUCUGCUCAAAUGAGAUCAACAAGUACACGUGCACCUGCACUGCCGGGUACACUGGUAUCAACUGCAGGCCAGCUGCGCUGGGCGAUGACUGCAGCCUCCGACCGGCAGUGUGCUCGAACAUCCUGAACUCGCAGUGCACGGGAGGCACGUGCCAGUGUUUGACGGGAUACGAGAAGACUGGCGAGGCAACGUGCAGCAAAAAAGACUGUAAGAGCUUAGGACUGGUUGACAACGGCCUCGUCGAAUACUCCGGUGGCACGUUAUACCAGGCCAUUGCGACCUUCACUUGUAACACCGGUUACACGAGGAACGGACCUUCAUCUGUCACGUGUCAAUCGGACGCCACAUGGAGCGGGGCGAAACCUACCUGCACAAUAAACUCUUGCCCAGAUUUGACGGCCCCUAGCAACGGAACAGUGCAGUUCAUCCCAAGCAAAGACUAUCUAAGCAAGGCAGAGUUCUCGUGCAGUGUGGGCUACACCCUUACGGGUAUUUCAACUAGAACGUGUACGGCAACCGGAGCAUGGGAUGGGUCAAGUCCAACGUGUGUAAUUAAAGAUUGUAAGGCCAUCACGGCCCCAUCCAGCGGUACUAUUGACCAAGGGACCGGAACCACAUAUGGAAGCACGAGCUAUUUCACGUGCAGCACCGGAUAUACGCUCGUAGGGGCCCUAUCGACCACGUGCACGAGCGCGGGAAACUGGGAUAACCCGAAACCUGUGUGCGAAAUCAAAGACUGCGGUCCGAUGUCGGCACCAUUAAACGGGGAGGUAGAUCUCUCGCAGGGCACCAAGUUCGGGGCCAAGGCAUCCUUCACGUGUAAGACCGGUUACACGCUCGUGGGGCUAACUUCGCCGACAUGCACUUCCGCCGGAACUUGGAGCUCAGCAGCGCCUGUGUGUCAAAUAAACGACUGUGGACUCCCGCUGAAUCCAACAAACGGCAAUGUAACCGCUCCCUCUGGCACGACGUACCAGGAGGAUGCGUCAUACACGUGUAACCCGGGUUUCGUCAUCAACGGUCUCCCACAGCGCACCUGCCAGGCUGACAAGACCUGGUCCAACGCCGCGCCGACCUGCGAUAGGAUCAGCUGCGGCUUAUUAUUUGGAAUCCAGCACGGGUCACUGGACAUCUCCGCAGGCGUCCUGUUCGAGGCGGUGGCCAGGUACACGUGUGACGCCGGGUACACGCUAUCGAGCGGCGACGCAGUGCGCACGUGUCAAGCGUCUGGAGCGUGGAGCGGCACACUACCUGUGUGCACAAUCAAUAACUGUGGAAAUCUGACUGCUAUAGCAAACGGACAUGUGCUUACUGUGGAAGGAACAACAGCGGGGGCUGUGGCUCAGUAUGUGUGUAACCAAGGUUACCAAAUCAUGGGAUUUGCCAAUCGCACGUGCGGUAACGAUGGUAACUGGAUUGGUGUCCCUCCCUCCUGCAAAAUACUCGACUGCGGCAAUGUACCGACGGUUCAGUUCGGCACGUUGUCCUACUCGCCUAACACCGAGUACGGCUCCUCCGUGAUCUACUCUUGCGACUCGGCCAGCGGGUACGGUCUGGAUGGCGUGACCUCUCGCGUAUGUGAGGCAACUGGAAAGUGGAGCGCGACUCAGCCUUCCUGUAAAUUAUUGGACUGUGGGGCACCAAAGCCUCUUCAGAACGGGCGCUACACGCAUGGCAACACGGUGGUAAACCAUACUGUCACUUAUUCCUGCAACACUGGGUACGGACUUGUCGGUGACCCUACGGUGGAGUGUCAAACGACCGGAUACUGGGGCACGUUGCCUACUUGUAGUUUAGACUGUGCCAACGCGCCGACGGUGUCACACGCCACAGUUGUCGUUCCGUCGGGAACACUUGUUGGCGCCCACGCCACUUACACUUGUAACAGCGGGUACGUGCUGAGCGGAAGUGCUGCUAUCCAGUGUCAGAUCGACGGCGAGUGGUCCAAGUUACCCAUCUGCUAUAUAGUAACCAUCGCGUACAAUCAGCCCUGCAUGUCGACCUCCCAGUGCUCAACUGACCAGUCCACCUGCCGAUCCGACAGUGGUCAAAACAAGUGUCUGUGUGCUGCGAGCGGGGAAAUGUACGAUGUGCAAACAGACACUUGUCUCAAAGUGUGCGGCACCCUCCCGAAUAUUAUGUACGGUACCGUGGUCAACCCGACCAUCCCAUCGGCCGGCCAGAUCGCCGUGUACUCGUGCAACGCCGGAUAUGCGCUGGACGGCACUUCGAUCCGCACUUGCCAAUCGAACGGGCAGUGGAGCAGCUCGGAACCAGAGUGCACAUUUGGCUGUCCGUACCCGGAGAGUCCACUUAACGGGUACGCCAACGUCUCGGACGGAAUUGUGGCGGGAAACAGGUUGCAGUACUGGUGCAUGACGGGAUACACGCUGGUUGGCGAGGAGUUCCGAAUUUGCGAGGAUGACUCCACGUGGAGCGGCGUGGAACCAAAAUGCGCUAUUGAAUGCGAAGAGUUGCCGCAAAUCGAGAACGGCUACAUCGACAAGUCCGCCGGAAGUUGGGAGGGUGCCACGGUGAUCUAUGUGUGCAACAACGACUACGCGUUGGUCGGCGAUUCCACGCGCUCUUGUGAAUACACGGGGAAAUGGAGCGGUCUGGCACCCACGUGCCUCUUUGCGAUAUUCCCCGAUAUUGUUCUGGUACUCGGCAGCAUGUUUUUAUUCAUCGUCCUCGUUGACAUAUUCGUCCUCGUCUUCUUCCUCUACUAUAAAUACCACAAGAAAAAGGAGGAAAUCAAGUUUGAUGAUCUGGAAAAGAAAGAAGACGAGGAAAAAGAUGACGAGGAUGAAAAAAGUUUUGAUGACACAAUGGUUAAACCGCCGGGAUUUUCGAUAUACAGUAAGACGCCCAAAGCUCCCCAGGCAUUCGAUGAGGAUGAAGCUCCCCAUCCGCCACCCAAACCCGCGAUUAAGUCGAAGAUCCUGUCGAUGUCCACAUUGAGCAAGUCCGGGUCGGCGCUGAGAAGCGUCUUCAAUAGGGUCCGGAAAUAUAAACCGGAAGUAGAGGAGCCCAGUAAUGAUGACCGCUUGUUCACUGGAAAACAGGCGGGCUUCGUGUCGCCCGCGCUUGGGAACUUAUCGGGGGACCGUUUCAGGGGAACGCCCGGUCUAUUUCGGGCUGACGAAGCCAGGGACACCGGGUACCAGACCGAAUAUAGCGACGAGCACAACGUAUCCUUCGACUCUUCAAUAGAAGACCUUAAUUCUUAAAUAAACGUUGUGGCCAAGCAGUGCAUGCAUAGGCAUACCAAAUGAAAAUUGCAUUCGUCUUACUUGUACAUUACCAGAUUGAAUGAAGGGGACUGUAGGUCUGCCCUUCGUCUGUCAUGAAUUUACAUCCGUACAUUAAAAGAUAUUCUGCUUUCUAGAAAGUCGAAACAUUUGAUGUUGUAAGAGAAUGGCUACACUAGAGGACUCAAAUGUUACAAGAUACAGUUCUGGAGUAGUUACCGAAGUAGCCAUUCCCUCUACCGUCGUCGUAACGUUACAUGUGGGGUGACUGUUUUAUAGUGGAAACCUUCUGAACCGGAUCAUCUCUAUACCGGAAUCCGUUCUUAACCGGACAAAUUGUCCGGUCCCAUUUUUACCUCUUAAACCAUUCGUUAAUUAUACUAAAUACUGCUAAUACUCGAAAAUUAAAUAUAUACGUCAUUUUAAAAUACGGACAUGCGCAUUACCUUUUGAGAUUUGCCUCUGUACCGGAUCAUCUCUAUACCGGAAUCCGUUCUAAACCGGACAAAUUGUCCGGUCCCAUUUUUACCUCUUAAACCAUGCGUUAAUUAUACAAAAUACUGAUAAUACUCGAAAAUUAAAUAUAUACGUCAUUUUAAAAUACGGACAUGCGCAUUACCUUUUGAGAUUUGCUUGAAAAUAGUGUAUUGGUCAUGAAUAGGAAAACGCUUUAUACAUGUAUUGUUCAGUAUUUCAAUAGUUUUUUCUCAAUUAGUGUUAUUCUACUUUUAGUUACUUGUAUAUAGAUUUAAAGCAGACUUUAAUCUUUUUGAGCUGUUUUGUAAUAAUUGGAAUAAGAUCCUUUCAAAUUCAAGUUAAAUAUAAUGAGUAUAUUACCAGAUAUCAAAGUUAACGCUAUUUUAUUUGGAUAUUAUAGAGAAACGAAAGCAUUAUUAUUAUGGAGGAAAAUUUGCCUUUAAAUCAUUUUUUAAUCCAGUAUGACAUAUUGAGAAGUUAUAUAGACAUUAUAAGUAAUGUCCUUGGAUACGCAUUUAAAUCAUGUUUUAAAUCGGUGUGUAGUUUUGCUUACUUAAAAAUCAAGCUGUGUUGCAAUCGGUAAACAUGCAUAUUCUUUGUGUGACAUCGUGAUGUCGUUAAGUUUGUAAGUGUUCUACAUAUUAGCAUCUUCUAAACGAUUUGUUAUUAACAAAAGAACGAAAAUUGCACAAUAAUAUCAAUAACCUUACUUGCCUUAAACAUCGUUUUGAUUUGUUUAUAACAGUUUAUAUAGCAUCCCAUACUUAAAUGUUAUUACAAGUGUCAACCCUAAUAUUUUAAGUAUUUGUCUUAAGUGAUAUUUAUAGCAAACAUAGUUAACAUUAAUCUUGCAAUUUGAUGGUUGAGUAUUGUUUUAAGUUUAU